UCUGACAGGCUUGGAAAGAGAAGGUACAUCGCUGAGAAAAGGUUUGACGACCACAGUGUGAGUGUUGAAUACAACUCCCAGAAUGCAUUGUGGGAACAUUAUCCAAUCCGAGCGCAGCUUCGGCCAAUGCGCUCCGAGGUGGCUGGAGUGAAACGUUGCAGAGUCCCCGCUCGGCUGCCGGUCCAUGGACUGCUCACACGAUUGAGCAAAGUUUCCGGGAGCUCGGGGGGUUUGAUAGGCCCGCUGUCAGGACCCGUCCUCUGCCCAGCGUCGUGCCCUCGGCCGUGGAGUUAAUGACGGUCGCUGACGACGACACGUUAGCGCUCAUCAUGCCUGUCCGAGCCGAGUGCCUCAGUACCACCGGCUCGGCCUGCGCAGCCUCGGCCUCGCUUGUUCCCCCUGCCCCGAUCAACACCCUCCAGCCGGGGGUGGCCACCUCGCUGCUGUACAGCGGCUCACAGUUUCGGGGUUACCAGAAGAGCAAAGGCAACUCCUACGACGUGGAGGUUGUUUUGCAGCAUGUGACUGUGGCGGACUCGUAUUUGUGUGGCUACCUGAAGAUCAAAGGUUUGACUGAGGAGUAUCCCACUCUCACAACAUUCUUCGCUGGUGAAAUUAUCAGUCGAAAAAGGCCUUUUUUAACCAGGAAGUGGGACGCAGAUGAGGACGUGGACAGAAAGCACUGGGGAAAGUUCCAGCCUUUUUACAAAUAUGCCAAAAGCUUCAACUCGGACGACUUUGACUACGAAAUGCUGGACAACAGUGAUUAUGUCUUCAUGAGGUGGAAGGAGCAGUUUUUAGUCCCAGACCACACAAUCAAAGACAUUAGCGGUGCCUCCUUCGCUGGCUUCUAUUACAUCUGUUUCCAGAAGUCCACCGCCACUAUUGAGGGUUAUUAUUACCAUCGGAGCUCAGAAUGGUACCAGUCUUUAAACCUAAACCACGUUCGAGAGCACAGUAUGCCUAUUUAUGAGUUUCGGUGACAAACGGACACACGAGUACCGAGUCGAGGAGGGGACGGUUCAUACGGCUCUGUGGUUCAAGGGGACGGGAACAGCGGAGAGUCCUUUAGUGCCGAGAUCGGAGCCGACCCGGUUCCCUUCCUGCAGGGACAUAACGUGGUCAGACUCUCCUGUGGUGGACUGAGGGAACGAAGGCACAGAGGACGAGCUUAAAGGAAGUGAAAGAUCAGCAGAGGACGCCGGUUCUUGCACUCACUGCAGAGCCUCAUGUUUACCUCAGAUUUCAUUUUUAAUUGUAUUUUGGUCUGUUUUUAAUUCGUGCCACCUGAUCUGUCUUCCCGUUGUCGGACAUCGAAAUAUGUUCCUGUUUUCCUUCAGUGGAGAAGCACCGUUGCCUUUCAGCGAAGAGUUGCAAAAGAAACGAGUAUAAAGGGUGUGUGUUUGUUCACUAAAGCUUAAUUUAAAUCAUCUAACAUCACUUUGACACCCCCGUAGUGUUUAAUGCAGAGUCUGAUGGUUGUGGGGUUUUUUGUGCCAAAAGGUUGCAGACAGUAGCAAUGAUGAGCAGUGGUCUACUCAUAUGCAAGGUCUUUAAGACCGUAAGCUGUGGAUCGGGUGUUCAGGGAUGGCGUUUAUGGGCAAUACGUGUAGAAACCAACAGCCGAAUGUGAGCGUUGGCCGAGUUAGGAUUACAGCGACGUUAACCUCCAACGGGUGGCGAGUAACCAACAACCAAUCGUUUCCAAGCUGCUGCUUUUUCAAAGCAACACGAAGUCUUCAAAUGGCUUCAUGUCAAAGUUUCUCUAUGCAAGCCAAAGGUCACAAAUGGGUCGGCUUUCUAAAAGCGCAUGACUGGUUUUUGUUUCCAGGUGUAUCUUUUUAUUUAUUUUGAUCGUAAACGUCCGAGUAAAACUGCAUGAGAAAAACAAGAUAAAAUAGAUUUAAUAACAGUUACCAGCAUUUGAAGCUCAGACAUGUGACGGUACAUUCCAACUCCAUUAGUUUAAAAAAAAGUCAGUCAAAUUGUGUCUUUAAUAGGUGUUUAUGGGCCACAUGUGGAGUUGGACUGUCUGGAAAUGUUACGCUGGGACAACAAAACAAUGCCGUGAUUUGAAUGUUAAUUUUAAAUACAGUCUGGGUAAUAUAUCAGUUUUCUUUAGUUUCACAUUCGUCCUUUUAAUAUUGUUUUUCUAUCUUCAGAAGCGGUUAAACGUGGCUGAUUGAGGAGACAGUUGACGCAACAUGCUCGUCUACAAUAUGUCACCGUUCUGUUUUCAGUGAACAAUAUUAUGUCAAAAAGCACUUUUUGUGACUCGUGGAGGAAAAAGUCUAAAGUAGGAAGAUUAUAAUCUCCUUUGAUACUUAAGGGGGAAAAAACCUGCUGCCUUAAAAUGUAAAAUGUCCGUAAAUCUUCUUUUUUUUCAAGACAAAUCCUGAAAGUAUAUUUCCGCGUUUGAGAAGUUGUAAUCAUGUGGAAGGUGUUGGAGCACGUCCUCCGCCUGCCUCUGCAUGACGAGGGGAUUUGAUGGGCUGUGGGAAUAAUCCUUUAUUUUUCAUUUUUUAAGUAUGUGGAUUGAAAGUGUUGCAAUCCGAUUGAAAAAAAAAUUGCUUUUUUUUUUUUUAAUCAAUCAUAUAACAGAAUGAAAAUGUGCAAUGUAAGAAACAGAAGUUUAUUUGUGAGUUAUUAUACAGGUGUUGACUGAAUACACUUGAUUUAAAGAAGAUGAUGUAUGAUAAAUCAGCCUCAUUGUGAGGAGAAAUAAAGAGUGAAUUAUUUCAUA